AUGUCCGAACUCAAUCCCAACAUUGACGAAUCUAUUUUUGGCCUUGAAGAGACCGAAGGGCAAGCUCAGCCUGUCUAUUUCGAUGCAUCUAAUCCGCCCCAACAAUCACCUGCGAACCAAAAUGAAUGGAUAAACCCACCUACCGAAGUAGAGUCAUUUGAGGCCUGUGGUUUCACCUAUUCCGGCCAACCAUCGCCGAAUAUCAUUUAUGAAGAGAUACCCAACAACACCAUCCUCGGUAGUGGAAAUCAACAAGGACAAGGCCGCGGUACAAUCAAUCCAUCGAUGAUGGGACACGUCGGAAAUGACUACACGAACAUGGAUCAGCCACCACCCGGAAACUUCAACGGCUCAACCCCAAUCAACGCUGGAGGCAGCAGCUGGAACUUCAACCAGUUCCAAAAUCCGGAAAUUGGACUGCCUACCGAUGAGCAUGGAAAUCUCAUUGUCCCCCAGCGUGGCCAAUCUUGGGACAAUACUCAGUCUUCAUCCCAACCAAUCACCCCAAAUUACCCUCAAUCAUUUACCCAGCAGUUAUCCGAACAGUAUAAUGGAAACAACCAGUUUUCUCUCCAAACCGUCUCCCAACCAUGCGGCUCUUCGGGACAGAUGUCUUACCAGAAUCCCCAGUACUACAAUCAGACAACUACAACUUCCUUCAACCAGAUGCCAGUCAUGUCCUCCACAAAUCAAGGCGCUCCGGUCGUAGUUGACGAAAACUGGAGCGGUGUAACAAAGUCCGACCAGCUUCCGGCACAUCACCUUCUCGUCGAAAUGCCCAGCUCCAGUGGUGAUCAAGCUCCUGAUGACGAUUCGAACGAGAAUUUUAAUCAACCGCGAUCAACUACUGCUUUUAAUCCACCAGCGGUAUCCAAAGCUCCUGGAAAGACAGCUGUCGAAGGAACAAAGCCUCGACAAGGGUACCUGAACCACCCAAAUUCAACAACACGCGAGCAAUUCGGAUUCGGCAGCCGACGGAUUACAAGCGACGACAAUGACGGAUUCGCCAAGCUUGCUGCGGCUCAAAGAGUCAGCUCUGCCGGUGAAAAUCAACUACAGGUCCGGAGAAAAGCUCGGCAAAACUCGUUCAAUAAAGAAUCUCGCGAUAGCUUGGCUGAAAUCAGAGGGCAGUUGAAUACGAUUCAACUGAAAGAAAAGGAAAAUCGUGAACACGAAGCAUUGAUCAAAGCACAAGAAGAAGCGCGCGCCAAAGAAGUCGAAAAAAUGCGACAAAAUGCCCUCAGACUAAAAGAGCAGGAAGAGCUCGAGCGAAAACGAAAGGAGCAAGAACGCCUCGACGCUCAGAAGAAGGCCGCUUUGCAGAUAACUCCGAAUCAAGGAGACGUAAUUGUUCUUGACGGACCUCCAGCUACACUUGAGUUGGCUACAGCAGCUGCUACAGUCCUGCCUAUCGAGCCGUCCGUCCCUGUCCUCGAAUCUGAUGCUGACAUGGUUAUUCUCGAGGAAAUCCAGCAAGCAGAUCCAAUGCCGCACGAGUACCAACACGAGGUCAUCACAACGCAGCAAACGACCGAUCUGCGACAUGAUUUUUCCAAUGAUCACUUUUCUCACGGUGGACCGUCCAAUGGAAUGGUUGAGUAUUUUCCUACAGGUUCAACUUCCGCGACGAUCACGAACCUUGAAGAUCGCCCUGGGCCAUCAAAUCAGUACGACAAAUUGCCAGAAGCCGAAAACACCACAUCCAGCCAGGAAAAAACAUUGCAAGAAGCCGAAAGAGGUGUCAAACCUUUGCUGACCUAUAUGACCGAUUGGCAGACGAAGUGCGAUGAAGCAAUCAUCGGCGCGAAUAUGGGCGUGAAAUUGCGGCAAAUGGUGAACAAACAGAAAGAAGCGGGCUAUUUUGCUUUCCUCGGGGAAACGAUAAAUUUCUUCAUCAAACAGACUGAAUGUCCGCGAAUAACCGAGCGUAUGCUCAAAGCGCACGACAAAGUCAAGGGAGUGGAAGGCCCAAAUACAGAAGAGCACGAGCGUAUCAAGAAGAACAUGAAGACAUUGUCUCAGAUGUGCAGAGCAAUGCCACACCUUACCGGCUAUGUCCACGAGGAAAUUAUGAAAGGAACGCUAGAAGUUUACCUGAAGAUGAAUCAAAGCGAACGGGCCUGCUGGGAAAUAAAACCAAAUCCAAGGAAUGAAGGAGUAGCGCAAAAUGCCCCGAAAGCUCGCGCUCCUAGAAAGUAUGCAAAGGCGCGCAGAAGCUCUAAUCGCCCACGAGCCGCAGCGGCAAAGUCUUCUGCCCCUCCCGCUGUCCCAACCCAACAGUCUGAAGAGGAUGAUUCAUCCGACGAGGAGCAGAACAUGCGCGUCUUUCGCAUUCCAGAACCUUCUUGUUCGAAGUGA